AACAACGUCAAGCGUGAAAGGAUAUAUUUGAGCACCGUGGCUCUGUGGUCAACCCUGCCCACCAUGAGGAGCCUAGGUGAUGAGGGCCUGGAUGAAGCGCACUGUUUGUGGGCCCUGUGUCCUCAUCCCUGCUGCUGGGAGACGGAGCACCGUAUUGCAAAAGGCAUCUAUCGCAGGGCAGCCAGAAAACCCACCAAGCGCUACACUCCUGUCCAGGAGAGUUUGCCAUCUCAGAGCGUGGUCAGCGUCUCUGAGUGGGCUGACAGACGAAGGCAUUCUGAAGGGAAGCCACAGUUCAAGAUGGUCAGUUCAGACAGCUCAGAGUCUGAGGGAUCUCUGCACAGUGUUCCCUGCCUACCAGUGCUCCCACAGAAGGAGAACACACAUUCAGAUCCAGCAGUCAGCUCAGCAUCUCCAACAUCACAGUCUAAUGGCAUGAAAGGAAAAGGAGUGAAAUUAAACACAGUUCAGAUCAGCCCUCCGAUUGGCUCAGAGUCACCGUGGGGAUCAGGCUCUCUGGUCUUGUGGGUCCCAAACCCAAACUACGUGCCUCAUCAUCUGUCACAGAAAAGGUCAAAGUCCCCAAAAUAUACAGUGGAGGAGUUAAUCUGCCUUCCAGCCUGUCCAGUACAGAAGACUUCUAAAGUGGAAGAGAAGCCUAAAAGUGUAAAGAAGAAGGUGCGAUUCCACCUAGCCUGUUCACCCUUGACCUCUCACUCCAGGAGAGAAGCAGGGUCAUCCUCUCCAGGUCAGCCUGACCCAGCCUUGGACAGCAGCCGCAGUGGUGAAGAACAGACAUACGACAUCCGGCGGUCAAGUGCAGGACAUCCAUCAGCAGCAAUAGAGAGUAGAGUAGACCCUGAACCUGAAGACACCAGAGAGAGCAGUAGCUUCAUGCCUACUAUCAGACCUGUAUUCUUCCACACGGUCCGAGAAAGAGGGGUCAAGAAAGUGAGCAAAGGUUCCCCGACAUCCCUCUACAAAAUGGACAGCAAGACAGGUGAGGAGAGUGUGGACUGGGACAGUCUGAGGCAGCAGGCAUACCUCUGGAAGAGGCAUAACCUCCCUCAGCUUAAAGACUGCAGGAGCACAGUAUUUCCCCCAGGGGGCGCCAGUGUAUCUCAGGAAAACUUUGGAUCCUCCCCUGUUUCUACACUAAGACCACAUCAACGUUUCCAAAGCCCACUGUCUGUAGCUCCUGCAGCGUGGCACUGUGGGAAGGGGAUUUGGCGCUAUCAGCAAAGCAGCCUCUCACUGCUGUCUCACAGCAAGAAGCUCCACAGCACAGCUUUAGAGGCAGAUACAGUCUCCUCUGUCUACAGUACUUCUACUGUAGGGAACCACAGCUCACUGCAUGGAAUGCAGAUGGUAGACAUAGAUGAGAAGAGUGUGAGAGAGGAGGGUCUUAAAGGCACCAUCACGUCAUUUAACUCACUGCUCUGCUGCCAGCACUCAAACCAGGAACGCCAGGGCAGUGAGUGUGAGAGGUCCAUAUUCCAGGUUGGUCACAGUUUCCCAGAGGGGUCAAAUCACAGUGCUAACAGCAGCCUUAGCAUCAUCACUGGAGUGGUGGAGCCCUGGAGAGAGAGCAGGUCUACAGACAGAGACCCAGGACCCAAAGACUACCAACUGUCCACUCCCCCACCCAGCCUCAACUCACUAUAGCAUACACGUAGGCUGAAGUAGUGUUUUGUGUUUAGAUUAAAUGCAGACUCAAAA